AUGGCAUUUGCGGUCUCCGACGAGCUGCUGGGCACCUUCGUGCCGAUUGCGGUGUACUGGCUCUACUCGGGGCUCUACGUCGUCCUGGACGUCCUGGGGAUGGACGACUACAGGCUCCAUCCCAAGGGGGAGGAGGCAAGGAACAUUGUUUCCAAGUGGACGGUCGUCAGGGGCGUCCUUGUUCAGCAGGCGUUUCAAAUCGCUGUCUCCCUUCUUCUCUUCACGGUUCUUGGUGAUGAUAAUGGGACUGUGAGGAAGCAACCUUCGGCUCUGGUAAUUGCAUUGCAAUUUAUCAUUGCAAUGUUUGUCAUGGACACAUGGCAGUAUUUCAUGCACAGAUACAUGCAUAUCAACAAAUUCUUGUACAAGCACGUCCACUCUAAGCACCACACUCUUGUCGUCCCCUACGCCUUUGGAGCUCUGUACAACCACCCCCUGGAGGGACUCAUCCUGGACACCAUCGGCGGUGCACUCUCAUUCCUCAUAUCUGGCAUGACCCCAAGGACCGGCAUAUUCUUCUUCUCAUUUGCGACCAUCAAGACCGUCGAUGACCACUGUGGUCUGUGGCUUCCUGGGAACAUCCUCCAUGUAUUCUUCAGCAACAACAGCGCUUACCAUGACAUCCACCACCAGCCCUAUGGCAACAAGUACAACUUCUCUCAGCCCUUCUUUGUCAUGUGGGACAAGAUCCUCGGAACAUACAUGCCUUACACUCUGCAGACCCGCAAGGAAGGUGGGUUCGAGGCGCGCCCAGUUAAGCUCAACCAAGCACAGCAGACCAAGGCUGAUUAA